CGGCAUCCACCAGGCCCAGACCUUGAACCAGUAAACACUGGUCCACGCAGUGGUGUAUUUCCGCCCAUGUACCUUACCCACUUGUUUACGGCAACUAAGGUGAAGUGAAGAUUACAAUAUACCUUCCUCAAGUACUCUAUGAUGGGCUCAUGCUCAUGGUCUCUUGUGUUUAUUCUCUGCGUGGUAAGACUGAGUCAACAGUGGUCAGCGCUUGACAUUUGGUUACGGCCAUUGGAGAAUUCAAAUGGGGGGAAAUCCGACGAGCAAAGGGUAUUAAAUUUUUUCCCUGUACCAGUGGAAGAGGAAUGCCUCACUGAUGAUAAACGUCGACGAGGUACGUGCAUGAACACAUACGAAUGCCGAAUUCAGCAAGGAACAUCCCACGGUCCAUGUGCCCUUGGUUUUGGGGUUUGCUGUGUAUUUACAGCGACAUGCGGUAACGAAGUUGGGAAUAAUCUGACGUAUGUGACGAGUCCGGGGUUUCCUAAUCUCAUCGAUCAGCCUAUGAACUGUUCAGUGGUCAUCAAGAAGAUAGAGCCUCAGGUCAGCCAGCUUCGCAUAGAUUUCUUACAUUUUAAUAUCGGUCAACCGAACAAGCGAACUGGUGGAUGCGAUGAGGACAUAAUGGAAAUCACGAGUGGCGAUCGAAUAUACCAGCUUUGUGGGUGGAACAGUGGACAGCACAGUAAGCAUCAAUUUUGCAUAUUGAGUGUGUACGUGGACGUAUCGGAGGGUUCAGUGACCCUGGAUUUCAUUCUUCCCAGUAGCCUGCAAUCUCGAAUGUGGGAAAUGUCAAUAGUUCAGUUGCCAUUCGAGCAACGAGCACCAGCAGGUUGUCUCCAAUACUUCAAUACACCACGGGGUACUUUGAGGACCCUAAACUACUUACCAAACGGUAGAUAUCUGUCAAAUCAGGAUUAUCUGCUGUGCAUACGCCAGGAGCGUGAAAUGUGCAGCAUUGCUUACUCGCCGUGCAGCAGUGACUCAUUCAGGAUCGGCCCCAGCAGAUUAAAUGAUGAUCAGAAUAACCAGAUGAACCCUGCAGAUGGCUCUGGGGCCGGUUCAAACGAUCCAAAUACUGUCAGACGCUGCGACGAUCGUGUUCUCAUCCCCUGCGACUUCGAGGAAUUCAUAACGCCUGGCAAUGACGGCACUGGUGUCUGUGACCUUGAGCACUGCGGUACAUCACUUUGUGGACCCGGAGAGACAGACUCUGAAGGCAAUUGUCGAGUGGAAACAUCGGCUACUCCGUUCCACAUAAGGGUGGCAUUUGGAGCAGGAAAUGAGAAUUUCACGUCCAUGGAAGACAUGAUUGAACCUCGAAGGCUGGAAAUUCAGACAGCUUUCUGCUCGCUGCAUUGAGGAUUUUGUGAGUAUUAUAAGGUGAGACGUAAAAGCGAUUUUAGUUGAGAAUUAAAUCAUUGGAGACUUGGAGUCAGAAUUGGAGAAUUUUCAACUUUGAGACGAUUCAACGGAAGUCGAUUUCCUUUCGAUUUGCACUGCAUUAAUAAAUUAGAUUAAAUUAGAUUAAACAAUAAUAUGUAUAAUUGAGUUAGGGAAGUGACAAGUUAAUAUCUCACGUCUCAAAUUAAGUUUUUCCAAAGUUCCACGUGGAGUAUUUCAAAUUCUCAAUUUAAAGUGUUAAAAUUUGUUAAAGUAAGAUUCUUUCAUGUCUCCCAGGCCCUCCCAAAAUCUCAAAACAAGCUCCACUUUAAGAUGCUAUUAUUAUUCCAUACUUGUUCCAUAACGAUUGAGAUAUUAAAGUCAACAGAGUGAUUUGAACAUUCAUGGCUUAUUCAGAGUCGCUCAAGUUGACCAAAGUGAGCGGUGAAUUUUCCAAAGGUACGUUACCCUAGCUUAUAUUUUCUUACAAUUACCCCAUACAAGAGAUCGAUCGGGGGUGUAAUGAAGUUGGAUGUAAUGAGACUAAAAUAUCAGUGUAUUUAAAAUAGUUGAAAAGUCCUUGAGGGUUUACAGGAGUGCAAAAGUGAACGGAUAAUAUAUCAUUAUUUCUAUAAUAUACGUUGUUUAUGACAAAAAGGCAGCGUGGGUGGGCAUUGGGAGAAGGCUCGCUUAUGCUUGUUAUCACUCACUUCAAAUAUAACCAUUAAAUGCUGCCUCUAAUUCACGUAUAAUGGCGUAUGAUUGUGAUUGAGUCGAUUCAUUACACUGUGCGGAGACAAGCG